AUGAAUCAUAUGGCCGAAGACCUGCUUCGCCAAGUGCCCUACCACAAUGCACAUCGCUCGCUUCUCCCGCAAGCGGUACCCAAAUUAAAACUUAUGUCCAUAGAUAUACCACAACCAACUCCCGUAAAACAACAUUUACAGGCUUGGAUCAAUGAAUGCGACCAGCUCCAGGAGACUGUCGAAUUAAGACGCCAGAAAACUGCAAAAUUCGACGCUUGGUACGCAGAAACUUGUUUGUCAAAACGACCACCAGGGAUGACCACAGGAGGGGUGCUUUCGCCAUCACGACGGGGACAAAAAGACACUCAACAGUGA